ACGAGCGGUUCCUGAAUGGUCAGGAAGAGGGCGGGAAUGACGUGUGGAUUGGGAGUGUGGUCUGGAAGGCAGCGGGACAACCAGCAGAAGUCGUCCUUGAGUUGUUGCUGACGGCAGAGGAAUAACCGAAGUAACGUUUUAUUUAUCAUAGAAUAGCAACUCAUUUGAAUCAGAAAUAAGGCCCAGAGGUUUUAUUUUCAGGCCAGAUACAGAGAACGUAUCAAAUAAAUGAGUUCUUCCACCGACCGGCGGAACAUUGCUGUGGGACCCAGGAAUGGAGGGGCAGCGGUGAAGGGAGUCACCCAGAGAGUCCACUCACCUAACCGAAGCCGAAAUGAUCCUUUGGAGGAGGACGUUCAGGCCUUUCUUAUUGACGAAGACCAGCUGCACACUUUUGAUGACCUCACCAAGGUGAACCCCGUGACUCCAGCAACAGUGCUGAAAUGCCUGCAGGCCAGGUACAGAUUGAAGGUGUUUUACACCCACGCCGGCUGCACCUUGGUGGCUCUCAACCCUUUCCAGCCCAUUCCAGACCUUUACUCUGUGGACGUGAUGAAGGAGUACCACUACGCCACUCAGCCUCAGGAGUUCAAACCUCAUAUCUUUAUUGUGGCGGAGGAGGCUUACAGGAACGUUCAGGGUCAGCUGGAGCCAGUGAACCAGUCGCUGGUUGUUAGCGGUGAGAGCGGAGCCGGGAAGACAUGGACGUCUCGCUGCCUGAUGAAAUACUACGCCACUGUGGCAGCCUCCGCCCAGGCCGUCAGCAGUCAGGACGCGGCGGAGAGGAUCGAGAGGAGAGUGCUGGACUCCAAUCCUCUGAUGGAAGCUUUUGGCAACGCUUGCACGCUGCGCAACAACAACAGCAGCCGCUUUGGAAAGUACAUCCAGCUGCAGCUGGACAGGGCUCAGCUGCUGGUCGGCGCUUCGGUGCAGACGUACUUGUUGGAGAAGACCAGGGUGGCCUGUCAGCCGGCCAAUGAGAGGAACUUCCACAUCUUCUACCAGAUGAUGAAAGGAGCCACAGAUGAGCAGAGAACAGACUGGAUGAUGCCACAGGAUCAGGGUUUUGUGUGGCUGCCGAAUUGUGAGAAACAAAUUGAGGAGGACGGUUUUCUUGAAACCACUGAGGCGAUGGCUCACCUCGGAAUUGAUGCUGAAAGGCAAAGACAGAUAUUUAGGAUUUUAGCGGGGAUUCUGCACUUGGGGAAUGUGAGUUUCUGCUCUUCAACAAGUGAAUCCCAACCCUGCGACCUUGACCAACACUCUGAAGACUUCUUGCAGAGAGCCGGCGAGCUGCUGGGCGUCCCGGCGGAGGAGCUCUGUAGAUGUCUGAGAGUGAGGACGCUGAAGGCGGGGAAGCAAAACGUUCUGAAGCCCUGUUCCCGAGCAGAGUGCGGAGUGAGGCGGGACUGCCUGGCCAAGGUCGUCUACGGCCAAUUAUUUGAGUGGUUAGUGACGUUCAUCAACAGCUGCAUAUGCGCCGGCCAGUCCAAAUGGCGCAACUUCAUAGGCGUGCUGGACGUGUACGGCUUCGAGUGUUUUCAGAUCAACAACUUGGAGCAGCUGUGCAUCAACUACGCCAAUGAGAAACUGCAGCAGCACUUUGUGGCCCAUUACCUCCGAGCUCAGCAGGAAGAGUACGUGUCAGAAGGCUUGGAGUGGUCCUUCGUUAAAUACCAAGACAACCAGAGUUGUCUCGACCUUUUAGAGGGAAGCCCCAUCAGUGUGUUUUCUCUUCUUAAUGAGGAGAGUCGUCUGAACCGAGCCUCGGACUCGACAGCGCUGAGGGGUCGCCUGGAGAAGGAGCUGGGCGGCAACGACAACAUCUGCUGGGACAAGUUCAGCAAGGUGCCACACUUCACCGUGGCCCAUUACGCGGGCAAAGUCAGCUACCAGUUAGAAGGCAUGGUGGAGAAAAACAAGGACCCGGUGCCACCAGAGCUCAUUGGCCUGCUUCAGAAAUCUGACAAUCUCCUUCUUCAUGAGAUCUUCUCUGACAAGGAAACUGAGAUUCCUAAUAGCAAAGGGCUCAGCAGAGUCACGGUGAUCUCCAAGUUUAAGAACUCGCUGGAGAACCUGAUGAAGCUCCUCCUCACCACGGCUCCUCACUACACCCGCUGCAUCAAACCCAACUCCGACUGCCGGCCGCUCACCUUUAAGAACAGAGAGGUUAUUUUGCAGCUGGAGGCCUGCGGGAUCGUGGAGACCAUUCACAUCAGCGCUGCAGGCUUUCCAAUAAGAAUCCCGUUGAAAAGCUUCGUCCAGCGUUAUGGACCGAUCGGGAGAUGUUCGGCAUCAAGUCGCCUGGAUGCUGAUCCCGGCGCCGAAGGCGCCAACGUUCUUCAGCAGCAGGUGGAGAAGCUCCUCCGGGUGGCGCUCCAGCAUAAUGCGUCGCGUGACGAGCGCAGGUCGUUGGUGCACUGUGGGAAGACUAAGGUCUUCCUCACCCAGCCAAUGCUCGAUCUGCUGGAGGAUCGCAGAGGGAAGGUCCUGUCUCGGUGCGCCUUCACCAUUCAGUGCUGCUGGCUGCGACACCAGCGGCGCCGACGCCUCGCCCGCCGGCAGUCUGCCACGUUAAUCCAAGCAGCUGUGAGGUCCUGGCUGGUCCGGAAGCGGAUCCGGAGGUGGAACAGAGCGGCCUCAGUGAUCCAAAACACCUGGAAGAAAUGGAGGGCGUUGUUGAAGUCCUUGGCUGAAGCGGAGCUCGACGACGCGGAGGACCUCGCGGCGGACGACAGCCCGGCGCUGAGCGCUGUGGUCAGGGAGCGGGGCUCCGUGCAGCUCUCGAGCUGCCAGGAGCCCGUCCCGGUGCGCGGCUGGCCCAUGGGCCUGGCUCUGGCCUCGGCGCCCUCCAUCACCGUCUCCCUGACGGCCACGGGCUUCCAGAAGAUGAUUUCCGUGAUGACCUCCCUCAACCUGCCGUCCAGGAGAGGAGAGUACAAGGUGGAGACCAACCAGUACAAGCAGGGGCUUGCCUCCAUUCGGGCUCGGCCCAGGGGAUCUGUGAAGCUGCAUUAUCAGCGCUCGCCCCUUCUGUACGCCGACAUGCAGCCAGACCUGAAGAGCGACGUGACGGGAUUCAACGAGAUCCUGCUGGAGAAGACUUUAUAGUAACUUCACUAGAACCGGUUUAGUUAAUCUCACAAAAAGAAAACUAUUUUAUGCUCCUCUGCAUCUAUUGUUGAACACUAAAUCAAACGUUUUUUUGGGGGGGGUUUUUUGCCAAAAUGCCCAUAUUUGUAAGGGUUUGCGUGUACAGAAGGAUAAUGCAGCAUCAAAUCACAAAAAUCUUCUAUACGUUUGAGAUUGUUUUUGUAGCAAUAUUUAUAUGUGAUUCGUAUCUGAAAUAUGUAAACUAUGAUUAUUUUAAUUGUGGCAUUUCAUGACAAAACCACAGAAAGAAAUCUGGUUGCAGUUCCUAAAAUAUACUGAAGAUGGCACAAUUUCAGCACCUUAUAGAACCAAAGCUGCUGCCUGCAUGAGAUUAUGUCUGAGCCCAUUAGGCCUUACUGAGUGCCUUUUGGAAAAGCUACAAUUGAUUCAUGUAUGAAAUUACAUUCCAAAAGAAUAAGCAGUCAUGUUGGGAAUAAAACGCUUGGAAUUUUUUUUUUAUUUGCGUUUCAAAUUAAAGCACAUGAACAGAUGA